GUGAGUUCGCCUAUUGCCCGUCGGACUCGCCAAUCUGACUUGCCCAAGUCUCCAACGGCUCUGAGGGGGCCAAAACAUAAGGUCAUGUUCACAUCCCUCAACAAGAUGAUGAUUGUUCUCCCAUAUGGGGAUACAGAAGAAGAGGGAGAAGAGGAUGCCGAAACUGGGGUGGUGCAUCAAAAACAAACCCGGUCCUUUGCGGCGACUACCAGGGCCGAAUUACGCACGAAGUUCUGACAGGAAAAGCCUAUCAUUUUGGAAGAAGCCCGUCCAUCGAAGAGGACGAAGAAAGUCAUGCACCAACCACACACUCCUCUUCCUGAAUCGAAAGAAGAGCUGACCUGCGAUAUUCCAGGAGAAGGUAACACCUAAUCUUGUUUCGCUUUUGUCAUUUUUCAUACUUCGGGCCAGGGAUUUGCUGAAUAUAUAUAUCUCAUUGUUGAUCCGUAGGGAGUCUUGAAGAGGGUGAGCUUCCAUACGAUCCUCAUUCUCUCAGUUUUACCCAUUCCGAGAGGUCAGGCUUCACACAUUAGAUGCACGAGGCCAUGAGUGAAGAGGCUCGCAACCCUAAAGUUGGAGGGGAUGCUGAGGUUUGGUUCAACUCACCCACUGAUACCGCUGCAAGAAUUUCAAGUCCAUGUAUAUCUAAAACAGAUAAUACCUCAUUCAGGUGGUAAUUAAGAGAGUUGAGCGAUUCAGAAUAUGUGCCCCCAUUAAUCACUUCUGCGCUUCAUUCUCUUUUAGAAAAAUUGAAGGGAGCGAGCAUGAGCGUCGGGGCCGCGAAACCUGUUGUAGCUGAUGAAGACGUUGUGAUGGAAGAGCCCAUCGUGGAGGAGGCCCUUCAUGACAUUAAUAUCAGGGAUUUUGAUGAGCAUUUCCUUGAUCAAGUGACGGGUUUCACCGAAGAUGAUCAUGAAUUACUUGCUGAUAUGUUAUCGGAACAAGCUCGUCGUGAAGCCACAGGACCAACCGCUAAGGCUGGUUCAUCUGCAGGACCAGCCACUGGAGCUGAUACAGCGCUACAAUUGUCGGUUUGCAGAGGCAGCGCCGAGGGUUUUAGUUGCUUGAUGUAG